AUCAGUUUUUAUAGCUAGCAACUCCUUGCCCUACAAGGAAAUAAAACUAACCCUGCUGUACCAUGGACUAUACCCAGAGGAUGAUGUUUUUGGUUUCAUGGAAAAUAUGUUUUCUCACAGCGCUUUGUACUGUCUCAGUGGUGCUGGCCAAUGUGCCCCAACCAGAAAACGUGAGGGUGACCUCCAUCAACAUGGAAGUGGUCCUGGAGUGGGAUCCCCCCCAGCCCUCACCCGGCAAACUCACUUACACGGCGGGCUACAAAUCGAUCUGGGCCUUUACACCCGUGUGUCAGAACCAGACGGGACAGAGCUGUGUCUUCACAGAGCGUCUGACCAAUUUUGGACUGUACACAUUCAAAGUGAGGGCGGAGUUUGAGGGGCGCACAUCCCAGUGGGUGAACACUUCAGAAUUCCACAUAGACAGAGACACCCUGAUUGGAGCUCCCAAAGUGAGCCUCUCCUCCAAGGCAGGUAACAUAAGGGUGGAUAUACAGGACCCUGUUACCAGGGUUCCAGAUGGUCUGAGGAGGCUCUACAGUAGCGUGUGCUACAAUAUCAUGUACUGGGAAGAAAGCGAGACAGAAAAGCCUACUUUGCUGGAGUGCCAGCAGCAGAUCAGCCUGGUUCUGUCUGAGCUGAAGCCCAAGGUCAGGUACUGUGUGCAGGCCCAAGUGUCUGUUCCCAGUUAUCACAAGGUCAGCAACUAUAGUGCGGUGACGUGUGAGACCACCACAGUCGGGAGAGCGGAGACAUGGCUUAUCGUGGUAGUUAUGAUGUCCAGUCUGUUUAUUGUGGUGGUGACCGUCACCCUGCUCUUCCUCGCUGUCUGGUAUGGCUACAAAGGGAUCAAGUUUAUGUUUCCCAAAGCGAAGCUUCCCGAAGACUUAAAACAGUUCUUGAUCGAUCCCCCCCGCUGCGACCUCUUCCUGGCCAUGCAGAACAGCUCCCAGCCGGAGGAAAAGUGCCACGAAGUCUGCAUCGUGUCAGAGCUGACAGAGGGCGCAGAAACAGAAGGAACUCCUCUAUAACCCCACUCAAACCGAUGCUGUGUCCACUGUGUUGAGAAGUGGUGGGCUGGGGGGGGGGGAUUUACACACCAGUGUCAAUAUGGUCUCAAAUAUCACAUGACUAUGGGCAUAUGGGUGGCCACAUCGGCUGCAUCCAUUCCCCUUGUCUGAUUGAGGAGACAGUACCAUCCUCUCUUUCUUCUUUUCUCCUGUUGCAGCAUUACUAAACUAAAGCGACUUUGACAUUGAUUUCCAUUUGUCAAAGUUUCUGCCCUUUUGCCACAGCCACUGUUGUUUUUUGUAUUUGGUGCGGUGGUGGCUUUCACAACCACAGUAUCUGACACAGUAGCUUCCCACUGUAGUGGAGUGUCACUAAAUGAACACUUCAAAGCCAUAAGGAGUCAAAGGAAGAAGGGAAAAGAAAGAAAGAAUAGGAAUGUCUAUGAAUUAAAAAUGAAGAAGUCUGGCAUGACAGACCUAUCAGAAUGGACUUCAGUGUCCCGUUUACUGUACAGAAAUUUAUGAAUAAUUUAUAUUUUUUCCAACAUGUUACUUGUUGUAUGUGCGUGCGUGUAUGUGUGCAUGCCUGCAUGCAUGCAUGUGCAUGUGUGUUCUUAUACUGGCUAGUGUUUUAAUAAAUACUGGCUGUUUUCUUCA